AUGGCUCAAUUGCCACCAAAGAUCCCAACCUGUUCAACCUUCCCUCACCAGAAAAUUCCCUCCAUGGGGGCUUUGGCGCCACCCAUCGCCACCCAAAACCCUUCUUGGGUCGACGAGUUUCUCGACUUCUCCUCCGCCAAGCGCGGGCUCCACCGGCGCUCCGUCAGCGACUCCAUCGCCUUCUUGGAAACUCCCAUAUUGACCGAGGAUUGCCGGAGCUCCAUUGGGCACGGGUGUACCAAUGAAUUCGACCGGUUCGACGACGAGCAGUUCAUCAACAUGUUUUCCGACGAAGUGUCUCCAGGGCUAGCCCCCACCUUGUCCACCGCCUCCAACCCCUCGACGCCGUCCGACCAUAAUAGCAUCAACGAGGAAAAGCCAAGGCCCUCCAAUAACCAACAAGAAAGAAAUGAGCACGAGGAGGUGCAGAGUUCAUGUAAAUUGGAAAUGAACGCUCUGGAAGGCCCGUCGCAGACGAUGAUAAUGGCUCCGACAGAACUAAUCGCCGACCCGAAGAGGGUCAGGAGAAUAUUGGCAAACAGACAAUCUGCACAGAGGUCUCGGGUGAGGAAGCUGCAAUACAUAUCUGACCUUGAACGGAGUAUUACCUCUUUACAAACUGAAGUUUCGAUGUUGUCACCGAGGGUUGCGUUUUUAGAUCAUCAGCGAUUGCUACUGAAUGUGGACAACAGCGCUCUAAAGCAGAGAAUAGCGGCUCUUGCUCAAGACAAAGUUUUCAAAGAUGCUCAUCAAGAAGCGUUGAAGAGGGAAAUAGAGAGACUACGGCAAGUGUAUAGUCGCCAACAAAGCCUAAACAACAUGGAAAAUGCAAAAACAUCGUCAUCGCCGGAGCCACGGGCCUCUUCUGAAGUGAAGGAUUCCAUAGAGAAAGAACAGUGUCUCAAGGCAUAAAACCCACCCUCCAUUGUAGCCAUGUCACCAAAAAAUCCUACCUCUCGCUAUGUCAACAUCAAAUUUGACGACCAUCGCGUAAGUUUCAUACAUAAAACUUAAACAAACUACACAUCAAAAUCAGCUCGGUUUGAUGAUAACUUUUGUCAUUUGAUGAUGUGCAGUUAAUGAAAACUUAUAAUGUCUUGGAGGGAAGGACUUGAAAUUAAAGAGUAAUUAUGAUAAACACA